GAUGUCAACAAUUUCAAAAUAUUUUGGUAAAUUUAAAGGAGAAGAUGUUUUAGAAUGUCAAUUAAUAUCCAAAACCGGCGUUUGUAUAAAAAUAUUAAAUUAUGGGGCAAUAAUUCGUGAUUGGCAAAUUCCAAUGUUAAAUGGAAGUAAACGUUGUGUAGUUCUGGGAUUUGAUAAUAUAGAAGAUUAUAUUGAAUAUAGUCCUUUCUUUGGGGCAAUUGUUGGGAGAGUUGCUAAUAGAAUUGGAGGGGCUAAAUUUUUGUUGGAAGGAAAAGAAUAUUUAUUAGAUAAAAAUGAAGGGGUAAAUCAUUUACAUGGAGGCGAGACAACCUUUGGAAAAAGAUUGUGGAAGAUGACACAAAUUUCAGAAAGUUCUGUUCAAUUAAAUAUUUUUAGUUCAGAGGAGGAAAGUGGAUAUCCAGGGAAUUUGAAUGUUAAAGUUAUUUACAGAUUGGUGGAUAAUUUACUUGAAAUUGAAUUUGAAGCUAGCACUGAUACUUUAACUCCUCUAAAUUUAGUGCAGCAUAAUUAUUUUAAUUUGGCUGGAAGUGGGGAUAUAAGUAAUCAUUGGUUGAAAUUAAAUUCUGAUUUUUAUACUCCAACAAAUAAAGAAAUGAUUCCGACUGGAGAAAUAAUUAAUGUUGACAAUACUUUAUUUGAUUUUCGUAAUGGGAAAUUAUUAAAUAAAAAUAGUCAUCAACCUUUAGAAUUAGACAAUAAUUUUAUUUUAAAUAACAAAAAUUCUUCAGAGCCUGUAGCUAUUCUUAAAAGUCCAGAUAAUUUAUUAACAUUAAAAUUAUGGACAGAUCAACCAGCUUUACAAGUUUAUACUGCUGGAAAACUUAAUUUGCCAUCAAAAAUAAAAGGAUUAAAUAACCAAUUAUACCCUCCAUUUGGAGGGAUUUGCUUAGAGGAUCAACAAUUUCCAGAUGCUGUUAAUCAUCCAAAAGUGUUUCCAUCAAUAAUCAUUUCACCUACAAAUCCAUACAAGCAUUUAUGUAAAAUAGAGAUUGCUUGA